GGUCCCCGCCGCGCGCGAUCGCGAUUCUCCGCCCCGCGCCGCUGCUCCGAGGCGCGUGACUACUCAGGGACAAACAAGUGACUUCUGUCACCCCUCUGGGUGCCCCUUAGAGGCCAUCCAGCCCAGCCUGACCAAUGUCCACAGCCAGGGAACAGCCAAUCUUCAGCACCCGGGCGCACGUGUUCCAGAUCGACCCCACCACAAAGCGGAACUGGAUCCCCGCCGGCAAGCACGCGCUUACCGUGUCCUAUUUCUAUGAUGCAACGCGAAAUGUGUACCGCAUCAUUAGCAUCGGCGGCGCCAAGGCCAUCAUCAACAGCACAGUCACUCCCAACAUGACCUUCACCAAAACCUCUCAGAAGUUCGGGCAGUGGGCAGACAGUCGAGCCAACACUGUCUAUGGCCUAGGCUUUGCCUCUGAACAGCAGCUGACUCAGUUUGCUGAGAAGUUUCAGGAGGUAAAAGAAGCUGCCAGGCUGGCUCGGGAGAAAUCUCAAGAUGGUGGAGAAUUCACUAGUACUGCCAUGGCUCUUGCCUCCCACCAGGUCCCUCCAAGCCCUUUGGUCAGCACCAAUGGUCCAGGAGAGGAGAAGCUGUUCCGCAGCCAGAGCGCGGAUGCCCCUGGCCCCACCGAGCGGGAGCGGUUGAAGAAGAUGUUGUCAGAAGGCUCUGUAGGGGAGGUCCAGUGGGAGGCCGAGUUCUUUGCACUUCAGGACAGCAACCAGAGGCUGGCUGGGGCCCUUCGAGAGGCCAACGCAGCUGCCACUCAGUGGAGGCAGCAGCUGGAGGUCCAGCGUGCAGAGGCUGAACACUUGCGGCAGCGGGUGGCAGAGCUGGAGGCCCAGGUGGCUGCAGAGCCAGUCCAGGCGGGAGAGAAGGAAGCAACCACUCAGGCUGUAGAGCAGCUGGAGGCUCGGGUGCAGACCAAGGACCAGGAGAUCCAGACUUUGAAGAAUCAGAGCACUGGCCCACGAGAGGCUCCUGACACUGCCGAGCGGGAGGAGACGCUGCAGCAGGUUCAGGUUGGCUGCAGGAUCUCACCUGCCCUGGAGACCCGGAAUGCAGAGCUGGAGCAGCAGCUGCGGGCCAUGGAGUGCAACCUGGAGGAGGCGCGAGCCGAGCGGGAGCGCGCACGCGCGGAGGUGGGCCGGGCGGCACAGCUGCUGGAUGUGCGGCUGUUCGAGCUAAGCGAGCUGCGCGAGGGCCUGGCACGCCUAGCAGAGGCAGCCCCCUAGUCUGCCCUGGAGGGUCUGCGGCCUCAAGGCGCCCUGGCAGGGACCAGGGGACCCCAGCUGUCUCUGAGCUUUGCACUGUGUAGAGUUUUCUAGAAUCCUUGGGCAGUGUUUCUGCCAAGGUUACAUUUAUACGUGUGGCGUUGCUGGCACCUGCUGUCCGUGGCUGCUGCCCUGCACCCCAGGGACACUGCGAGGGAAGGCCGCACUGCUCAUCCCCAUGGGGCAGCAGAGGCUUUGGGGUCCUGAGACCCAAAGGUCCUGCACUCAUCCCGGCCCAUACUCAAGUCGGACUGACAGGUUCAAAGAGUGUUUACUGAAGUCGGGCCACUUGCAGUAGGUUUACAGCUCAGUCCGAGCCUCAGCUUGGGCUGGCUCUUGGGGCCGAGGUCCAGAAGGAUGUGACCGUCGGCCAGUGUUCCCUGCUUUCUGCCGCCGAAGUGUCUGCCCCACUUUCUCCUUGAAGCGCCGGUUCUGUUGCUUGAUUUUGGCCAGCUCAGCUUUGCGCUUGGCCUCCAGGUCUGGGUCCUGCGGGAGGGAGCUGAGAUUGUAACUGGGACUGGGUCCCCAGCCCACCCAUCCCCCAAGUCCCACCCACCAUUACGCGCCACCCACUCCUGCCUGCCCCUGCACACCCGUCCCUCCCUAACUACCUUCCCCUCCAGGAUCAUCUGUUUCCGCUUGUUGAUCUCCUUCUUUUCAUCAAAAUGUGAAGCCUCCAGUUUCUAGGGGGUGGGGAGGGGCACAGGUUAGGUCCGGCCCAGCGCACGAGGCCACACCCCACCCCGCCCGCCGGGCUGACCACCCGUACAAUUUCACACUCCCUGCGCACCACGUUGACCUGUGUGAGGAUUUGCAGGACCUCAGCCUCCUCCACUGCCAGCUCCGCCAGCUGCUGCUCUGCAGGGACAGGAAAUACUCAACUGGGCUACGAGUGCAACUGGCCCUCGUCGCCCCAGCUCUGGAUGUCUGGAUGCAACCAAAUGUGGACUGAUAUUAAAAAAAAAAAGUGCGUGUCAUCAUGGCACUGGGAGGCAGAGGCAGGGGGAUCACUCGUUCCACCUGAGUUCCAAGCCAGCUCUGUAGCACAAGAAUCUGUCUCAAAUAAAAUGAAUGAGUGAAUAAAGUGGGCUCAGGGUGCCUGUAAACCCAGCUCCCUGAGAGGCUGAGAUGGGCU